AUCCCUGGCCUAUUGCCGUUGGUUGUGGGCCACACCGUGUAGAAGAAGAAGAGGAAGAAGUGGAACAAGUGUAACCUGCUUGGUGUUCUACCCGUCGCCGUACACGUUAGCUGAACCCAUGCAGCGAGAAAAUAACCGAGCGAUUGAUAUUGUCAAAGAUCCUGCGGUUAUGGGGAACAUAGAGCAGUACGUGCGUGAGCACUUCGGCGUCACUGGGGCGGCUCCUGCCCCUCAACGGUCCGUCGCCUACAUUCAUCGUACCCCAGGAAUUGCCUCACCAGAAGGAAACCGUCCAUUGCCAACGUCACAAGAAAAAACACCAACGUCGAUGCCUGCUUCUGUAGUGCCUAUUGCCGCCAAAUCACCUCCGACAGCCUCGGGCAAGAGGAGCCCGUGUUUGUGCAAAGCCAGGCUCGUAUACGGUCAUCUGGAGCUUGUUCCGGAUGAUGACGUUGGCCAGGGACUUUCUCCAAGGGCGUCCAGCAGGUCUUUCACUCCAAGUGAGGCGGCGUCUGCACUGCGGACUCCCAACGCGAGUAAAAAGAAGUCAGGACAGUCCCUUAAGAAACUGCUGAAAGCUAAAGAAUUGGUUUUCGCAGGAAAGUCAAGGAGCGCCAGUGGAGAACCAGCGUACGCAUCAUCUGCGAAGUCAGCGUCUGCAUAGUGCUCAUCCUCGUGAUUUUGUAUUUCCUCUUUCCUACCCGAGGUGCCUCCAAGGGAUAACGUUACACUCUUGUGGCAAAAAAAGUACAAUGUGGCUUCUUCGACAGCUCCCAGCGAAUCGUCAGAAAGGGGAGUUUACUAGCAAUGGCACUAUAUGUAUAUAUUAUAAUAAAUCGUUUCCUCGUGAAAUAUUAAGCAGAAAAGACUGGA